CUGCCAUAAUAUUUGGAUAUUGUGGUGUUUUUUGUUGCUGCCGUUAAGUGAUUUGUUCUUGGUGGCAUUUUGGGUCAUUACAGCGGUUCCAACCCGCCGUAUCUCCCAUAUAUAUAAAAGCCCAAUUCCAACCCUAAUUUUAGAAACACUGGGUCAUUGCUGAAGACGCCUGCGUACACUACUGCUUCCAUUGUGUGGCGAUCUCCGAUCCUAUGCGUUCCUUGACGAUCUCCUCCGGCGGGAUCUCCUCCUCCUCCGACGAUCUCCUCCGGUGAGGUCUCCUCUAGCUUUUUGCUGUCCUUCUCUGCCAAAAUCCUUAGUGCCUCUCUUUCGUUCUCCCUUUCCUUCCAUUGAUGUGUCUGAUGAUGGAAACCUAGCGCAGGGGAAUAGCUUCAUAGAUCAUAAAGAUUUUUGUUGCAGUGACUGUGGUGGUACUCCUGAAAAAAAUUGGUAGUAAGCGACAUUGAUAAACUCUCAAUAUCGAAAGUUCCUCCUAAAUCCACAAGGUCAUGUAAAAUCGCCAACCCAAGACUACUAGCAUUUGGACACAUGCUGUUUCUCAUGAGUAUAAACAAACAAGACUUUUCUUCAAAUGGGGUGUGAGCUUUCCAUACCAAGUUUAAUUGAAAGUCAGAAAGCAAAAUAGAGGAACAAGGUUUUAGAUCUUCUUCAACUCUUGCUGCUAGCUACUUUACUUUAAAAGCUUCAAGUUUUAAUAUUUGUUGGGAAAGAAAAAAGAAGGGAAAUUAUUAUUUGAAAGAGACGGAAGAGACGGGAAAAGAAGUUAGUAGGGUUCAAAUGUGGGACAUCACUCACAAGAAAAUAGAUGAAAGUUAUGUUAAUGAAAAGGCUAAAGAAAUAGCGGAGAAGAUUGAAGCAUAUAGCAGUCAACAAGCGGUGGAAUCAACCGUUAAUUCUCCUCUUGAUGCUCUUGGAGUAGUUCUUGGGAAAGAGCAUCCUGGUCGUGUUCGAGGUUUAGGCAUGGGAGCUGUUCCAACAAUUGCUUUCAAGAACAACACUACAAGAAUUAGUCAGAUGAAUUUAGGUUCUUCAAAUGAUGCUGGCACAUCAUCUACUUGUGGUCCAAAUGUGCAAGAAGAGUUGGAUACCAUUAAAGCGCAAUUGCAAGCACUAGUCUCUUAUAUUGCUUCUAAGGAAGGAGGUAAAAUUCCAGUGGAAUUGGCUGGAAUGUUUCAUACUCAACAAAUUUCACAGGGAUUGGAUCAAGAGAGUGAGAUUCCAUCACCAAGAGAGUUAGGAAGUAGGUCUUCUGGAGCGAGCAACAAAGAAGCAUGAUCUUGUAUGAUAAAGAUUUUAUGUAUUAAGUAUUAUAGAUAUAUGUUAAGACAUUAUUGAAAAAUGUUAUCUUUAAUACUUUGUUUUUGGAUUAUGAUUUUUUAUUUUCGGAGACUAUGUAUGAAUUAAAAAUCUUGUUAUGAUGUUUGAUUUAAGGUUAUGCUUUUUGGUUA